CAUCUGCAAGCUCACAAGCUCUCGGGAAAAACAACAGCGUUUCGGUGUGUAGAGUCUCUUAUCGGGACCCUCCGUUGGCUGACGGGACGGUCUGUCUUCUGAAUCAGAUCUAUCUGUGUUGCAAUCUGAGAGUUUGACGCCAGGUGUGGUUGAAUGAUGGGCAACGACGGCGUGUCCAACGACCCGCCGCCGCCUUUGUCCUUCCACCCCAGCCUCCCUCACACACCAACCGGCCCGCAGGAGGCCCAGCAACAGACGGCAGACGGAGGACACAUGCAGCACCAAUACCACAACCACCAGCAGCAGCAGCAGCAGCAAGACCAUCAGAUGGCCGUGGAGGAGAGGGAGGGCGAUGACGGCGAUGUGUUCCUAGAGAAGUUGGGUCGGCAGGCGCACGACCUGCUGAGUUGCCUGGGGCACAUCGGCGCGUUUGGGUCGGAGUCGACGCUGCGUCUGCUGCUGCUGCUGAAGAGGAGCCACCUGGUGGCCUCACAGCUGGUCAAGGGCUACACCCAGGAGAGCGGCCUCAACCCUUCUGCCCCACCUGACAAACCCUGCAGGUAGGUAGGGACACGCUGCACGUGAUGUGGAUCACACCUAUGCUAUGCUAUGCUAUGCGUGUGUGCAGUGAGGCGUUCGCCACUCGAGUGGCCUUUGCGGCGUGCGAUGGGCUGCGGCUGCUUUGCGCGGUAGUCCGGUGGCUCGAGUGGGUGGAGCGGCGGGCCACCGACCCUGACGACGACUACGCCAUGGGGGACACUGAGAUGGUGGACGGCGAGCAGCUGUGGCGAAAGAUCCGGGAGGGCGUGGCGGGUGAGCGACAGACACUCCAUGCCGUGGCAUGCAUCAGAUACGAUCCAUGAGUUGUGUGUGUGUGUGUGUGUGUAGCCAAGAAGGCUGUUGCUCACGUGGAUGACGUGGAGGCGUUCUGCCGUCCGAUAUUUAAGAGGCUGAGGAGCGGGCUAUACGACGAGGCAACCGCAAAGGCGGCACACGUGCCGUCGCUGGAAGCCGCUCUCAUCCGUAACACAAACCACACACACACACACACACACAGAGGUAUGGUUUGUCGUCGGUGCCUCCCACUCACUGUGUGUGAGUGUGCAGAGUCGCGUGGGUGCGAGGAUGCUGAGCUCGACCCGCCUCGCCUGUCCCGGGACACCCUCUCAGGGCUGCACGCCUUUGCCUUCCCCUUCGGCGGCCCCUCCUACACUGACAUGGACGAGAGCAUCGAGACCUACGCCGGGGACGAGGCCGACUGCGCCCGAGACUGGGCCGCCACAGGCGACUGGCUCGACCUCACCCUCACCCUCCCAUUCCCCCUGCAGGCCGGCGGGGCCCAGGUGCGGUCGGGCAUCCGCACGAUGUGCCGUGAGCUCGUCAGGAAAGGAGCAGCGGGGGGUUUGCGGCAGACGCAGGGUGGUGAGUGGGGCGUGUACGAGACGGGCGUCUUGGCGUACCUGUGUGGGGACUGGGAAGGCAUGCUGCAUGCGUGUGACAAGCUGAGGGAGAGGGAGGGGGAGGUCGGAGCUGGCAAGAAGCCAUAUGACGUGUUGUGGACGAGGCUCAGGGCUCUCAGGGUGGGGCGGGGUGGGUGAGAGAGGAGGGAGGUGCCAUAGUGCACUCACUGCAGCACGGUGGCUGAUCUGUCUGUCUGUCUGUCUUGGUGUGUGUGUUUUGUGUGUGUGCAGGACGAGACACUGGAGGCCCUGCUGACGAGAAUACGGCACAAAUAUGGGGGUGCGCUCAUUGGUAUGCAUGCACAGGGCAGACAGGGGAAGAAGCGACUGACUCACCCUCACACACACACACAUUCUUCCCUCGUGCAGGCGAGCUGCCGCCGUCCACGAUGAUCUAUCGGCAGGGGUCCCAACACGCCGCUCCGCCAGAGUCGUUGCUGAUAGGCGGCUCCGAUUUUGCUUUGUCCAACACGUGGGAGGUCUUCCACGCCGAGGUCACCAGCUUCGUCGCCAUCCAAACACACCUCCAUCUCAUGGUAGCCUAGCCCACCUCCCGCCCAUCCACACACACACACACACACUCAAACCCACACAAAGAUGAAGAUAAAGAUGGCCGCUCUCCGUCUCCCGUCGUUGCAGAGAUUCGUUCAAUCGCUGUCUGGUUCUGAGGACGCCCAAUUUGCGCAGCUGCAGUGCAGGGUCAUCAACACGGAGAUGCGACUGUUCGCCGAAGACAGGAGGGUCCGGGAGCUCUUCAAGCGCAGCCAGGCGGGGGGGCUUAGCGAAGUCGAGAGGAAGCUCGGGGAGGAGCUCUUCAAUGACGACGUGGUGACCUUCUUCGCCAAACGGUCCAUGCAGGAGGGCGGGGGCGCUGCUGCCCGGUGGGUGUGGGUGUGGGUGGGUGGGUGGGUGGGUGGGUUGGUGGGUGGGGGCACACACAUGAGAUGGGCAGACACAUUGCAUAAUGGGGAUGUGUGUGGGUGUUGUGUGUGUGCAGGGACGGUGACCUGUGUGGUGACGAGGGCAGCGAGCUGUCCAAGUGCCUGUACUUCCUGCAGCAGCACUAUGAGAGCGGCCUCCCCGACAUAGACCCCGACACACAGGAGCGCACUCGCAAGUAAGCCAGCCAGCCAGCCGGCCGGCUGGCUGGCCAGACGUUGGCUGCAUGGGUGUGGUUUAUGCCUGCGUGUGUCGUUGAUGUUUGGUGCUGUGCUGUGUGGGCAGGUUGCGGGCCCGUUCGCUGAUUCGGCGCAUCGACCAGGACACGCCCUUUCUGGUUGUCAGCCUGCUGCACGAAUUCGACCAAGACGCCAAAGUCAGGGAGGGAGAAACCAUCCAGCCAGCACUGCUGCAUCCAUUAGUUAGUUGUGGUGUGUGCUGUGCUGUUGGCCCUGUCUGUCGUGACGACAGGUAGAGAUGAUGGUAGCUUUCUACACACGCGUCGGCGACCUCACCGGCUGGACGCACCCGAGUCACGACAACGUGCCCACCACCACAUACCACGAGAUUCUCGACUCGGUCGAGCAGCUGGUCUUCGACGUCAGGGAACAUCUCACGGUCAGUCAGCUGCUGAUAGCCAUGGGGUGGACUGACUGCACACAUAUGUGCUGACUGCCUGUCUCUCUCUCUCUCUCUGUGUGUGUGUGUGUGUGGUGCAGCUGUUAGUGCCCCUGGCCUGUGAGCUGGCGAGGAGCACGUUCAGCCACGUCACGAAUGCACUGCGCGGCGACCGGGGGGCUGCCCCAAACCCAACACAACUCGCCAAGAGGUGCCACAGGAACCGCACAGAGAGACUGUGGAUGAUCAGAGUUUUCAACAUCUCCCUCGUUGUGUUGUGUUGUGUUGUGUGUUGGUAGGGUGCAAUGGGUCAUCUAUCGGCUGCAGUCCCUCUGCCGCAUCGUCGAGAGCGCCUCACGCACAGGAGAUCCCGCCACCGACCGCAGUAUCCCUCUGCUCGCCAUCUUGCCACUCCAGCCGCAGAUAGACCCACCCCAAGCGCCCCCCACGCCAUCCCAGGCGUCAUGCUUCCUCCUCAACGGCCAGCUGCUCAUCGACGACGACGCCCCCCUCCCCCCCGAGCCCUACCUGGGUCCUCUCCUGGACGCUGCCCAACAUGACACCGAUCUGGCGUGGUACCUGGUCAAGACGAGCAUGCUCACCGUGGUGUCGCAUCUGUCGGUGCUGCUGGCAUCGCUGGACCCCCUGCGCGCCGCAAAGGUCACCGAGAGCGGCCUGCUGCCCAUCGGGGGCGAGAGGCCGCCGGCGAUCGACGGCAGCUACCGCGACCGCCACUACGGCGACUCCCGGCUGAGCCAGCAAGGCGAGAGGGGUGCCGUCAAGCACCUGGAGGCCCUGUGGAUGAGGAGACAGACGGCGGCCUUGAUGAGCGAGGGCGUGUUUGUGCGGGCGGUGGGCGAGAGGGACGGCCUGGAGAUGCAAGCAGGGGUGGAGGCAGCACAGGGCGACCCCCUGGCGGCUCAGGUGAAUGCCGUGACGGUGCCGACGCGUCCAGUGCGUCAGUGGUGGGCGGUGCAGAUGUACUGCAGCCUGAUGCGGCGGCUGGCGAAUGUGCAGCAGGGGGUGGCGCAGUAUGAAAUGGCAUUCGAUCUCGACACGGCCAAGGUGGGGGAGGGGCAGGGGGGCCAGGUGGUGUGUGUGCCCUACCUACCUGCAGGAGCAUCCUUCCUGCAGCGCAACAAAGUCAGCUCUCCAGCCACACACUCCAUCGAUGCACUGCACGAACGUAUCUCAUUAUUCACUCAUGCCUCUGGUUGUGUUAUGUCAGGUGUGGCGUCCGCAGUGGAGCAGUGUCGGCUACCCGUCCAUCUGCCCUCCAUCCGCACAGGCCCAGACGCAGCCACAGCUGCCGACACUCACCACUCGGGCAGCCGUCCCGCCCUCGAUCACCUCCCUCAGGCAGGCCUACGACGACGACCUCACCCUCUCCCUCCUCGCCCUCCUCGACUCAUCCAUCCCACACAACAGCUUCCACUUCCCACUCCCCUCCCCCGCCCUCCCCUCCAUCCCCUCCCUCUCCACAUGGGCCGUCUACGCCCUCAUCCGAACCGCCAUGGAGCUCGGCGUCAAAAUCGCGCGACUCGAGGCCGCAGGCGUCCAUGCGCCCGGGGACCUGGCGCGGUUCCGCCCCUUGCUGCCCUCGGCAAUCGGGCGGCUUGAUGGGCCGCCGACCAACGGUGGCGUCGGCGGUGUGGAGAGGGUGAGGCAGGGGAGGCAGGGGCUGCUGCGGCUGAUAGAGCACCUCAAGGCGUCCGUGUGGGCGUGGGCCGCCAUGCGUGGUGGUGGCGGUGAUAGUGAUAGUGAUGGUAGUAGCAGUAGUGUGAUGUUGUCGGAUCUGCGUCUGCCUGUGGCUGAGCUGACAUGUCUGAUGGGCGGCGGCGGACUGCCGAGGGAGACGGGCGGGAGGGACAGUGCUAUGAUUGCGUGAUGAAUCGGUUUUCG